AUGACAAAUCGGAUGGAAUAUCCGUUGUCCCCAGCCUUACCAAAUAGAGUAAGAGCUAUGGCAAAUAAAUCUAGUAACGAAUAUAGAUUGCAGAAAAGAGAAUCAGAUCCGGAUGCCAUGGCAGAUCCAGAAGGAAGAGCAGGUCUUGGGGAUAUAGCUAAGCCUCUCAGUCAGUCGCCUAUGGGUCAGUCACCCUUAAGCUCGUUAGCCUCUGGUAUGAUGCCAAAAAAAAUCAUUAUGGGUACCUUUCAAGCUGCGAUAAUAGAGCCAAGUACGGGUGAUUUACAAAACUUGGCGGGAGGCUUACAAAAUUUCCAAGGAUUAUUGGGAGGAGGAGGAGGAGGUACCAAAUAA